GCCAAAGUGGGUAAUUAACUUUAUUAUAGAAGCACAACGAUGUGAUGAUUAAACAAAGAAACCAUCUAGAAUAAAAAAACCCAUGGUGGAUGACCUUUUCCAUAUGUUUCCUACAUUUACCAUUACACAAUAGAAAGUUAUAAAGAAUCAAAGAAAAUAUAUAUUUCAUUUCCUUGCACAGAAUCAAAGAAAAUGUUUUUGUGUUCACAAUUUAUGCUAAAAAAACAGAGUAUAUUCUAAAAAAGAAAGAAAAAAAUACUAUCAUCGUUUUCCUUUUUCUUUAUUAUUUCUAUGAUAGUAUCAGUCACCAGAAUAUAUCUGUAUACAGAGAAAAAGGAAAAGGGAAAUCGUGAUCUUGAUCAGGUGAGUGGAGGAGCAUGAAGUUUUCGAAGAGUUUAAGCAUAUUGAUCGAAGAAGCCUUGCCUGAUUGGAAGGAUAAGUUUUUGUCGUACAAGGAUUUGAAGAAGCAGUUGAAGUUGAUAUACCCCAAAGAUGGGAGCAAGAAGCAGCCUAAUAAACGGCCGAGAUUGGAUUCAACGGACGGUGGGGAUGGUGGCUGUAAGGAGGAGAGCGAGGUUUCUAAGGAGGUGAUGGAUUUCAUUUCGUUGUUGGAAGUUGAGAUAGAGAAGUUUAAUGCUUUUUUUGUAGAAAAGGAAGAGGAUUAUGUUAUCAAAUGGAGGGAGCUGCAAGAUAGAGCAGCAAAGGCCAAAGUAUCAAACGAGGAGUUAAUGGAAGUGGGAAGGGAGAUUGUAGAUUUUCAUGGAGAGAUGGUUUUGUUGGAGAAUUAUAGUGCCCUUAACUAUACAGUGAAGAUAAUAAAGAAAUAUGACAAGCGAAGUGGUGCUCUUGUUCGCUUGCCCUUCAUUCAAAAGGUCUUGCAACAACCAUUCUACAGUACCAAUGUUCUUAACAAGCUUGUGAAAGAGUGUGAGAUGGUCCUCAAUCAUCUUUUCUCCAUGAAUGAACCAUCAACAUCACCUGAAGAGAAAGAAUGUGAAUCCCAAACUUCUAGCAGAAGUAAUGAAAGGCUUCUCAAAGUUCCGAAAGAACUUGCAGAAAUUAAGAAUAUGGAGAACAUGUAUAUGAAGCUAACGUUGUCAGCACUACAUGUCUUGAAAGAGAUCCGGAGUGGAAGCUCAACUGUGAGCAUGUUCUCACUGCCACCUUUGCAUCAUGCAUUAGAGGAUUGGAAGAAAAUUCCUGUGUUAGAGCAGGCAGCCAAAUAGGUUUUCACCUUGUCACUAUGGAAGUUGGAUGUGGAACAUUAUUUCUCCCUCGUUUUCUUUUCCUCAUCAGUUUAGUGCACUUUUUUUCUUGUAUUUUAUCCAUAUAUUGCUGCUAGGUACCAACCAAGCUUUUGGAACUUGUAUGACCAUUUCCUCUCGAAAAUUUUAAAUACUGGAACAUUUGGUUUUGAUCUUUCUUGUAUACUGAUCAUAUUUUAGUGCCAAACAUGUUUGGUUACAGUUAAUACUUUAAAUCACUUUAAGUUCCUCAUUUAUCAACUCUUUGCACGUUACCAUGUAUAUACUCUUCUUGUUAGGGACCUUCGCAACUAUGUACUUGGGUUGCUUGACUUUUAGUUAUUCUGAUUUCUAACAUGUUUCCAAGUUGGUUGUUAAAUUUUCUAAAAUGAUGACUUUUACUAUGAUUGCACAAGCUUCACACCUGAAUUAUCAAUUUAUGUAUAUAUGUAAAUUGUUUGAUUUCAUCAGAGAGAUAUGUUUAGAAUCUUCGGAUGCUUGGGUGUUCUUUAAGGUCAUUGCCUCAACUUUUCUCCUC